UCCGGGUGGCGGCGGGAAGGCGCCGUCCCUCUGAGGGACGACCGUUACCGACCGUUACUGACCGUUACCGGCCGUUACCGGCCCCAGCACACGGCAGUCCGGCGGCCCACGGGUGCCGGUGGCUGAGGCAAGCAACUAUGGGAGUUACACUUCUGCUAGCGAGACCUUCCUUCUUGGCUUGGAAAUUCCUCUACAGCAGGGGUUCCCACGCUGGGUUACCCGACACAUCAGCCCAUCGGAUGAAGUGCAGGAGCUCUGAGUACCUGCAGAAACACCCGUGUCGAAAUCCUAAAAGAAUCCCCAAUGUGCAGAAGGGGAAAUUCCUGUAAGACAGCAGAGGCAGGGAGCAGCCUCAGCACAAAAUCACCUGGUUUGGGUCCUGUGGAGGUUUGUGCAGACUGACGCUGUGCAUGUAUGCUUUCCAGCCAGAUGUGAUCCGAGGAUGGCAGUCAAGCCAUUUGUUCUGUGGAGGCCACUGAGGAACUGUAACUUUCACCUGCUUAGGAGGACUCUUGGUGGGUGUGCCACCUAUCAUGGAGACUGUAUGCAUCCAGCUGCUCGCAGUAUCCACAGCAGGGAGGCUUUGGGAGUUGCCACUGAGACAAACUGUAUGCCAUGCAGUACUGAAGGAAGACAUGCAGGAUUUCUAAGCAGUGUGUGUGUCUCCUAGUUGUUUGCUUACCAUAUGUAUCAGGCAAAAUGAAGGACUUGUCCCAUUUUCUUCCAGAUGGUUUUGUAUCAUUAUGCAGGGUUAGAACUUUACUGUGUUGCUACAGCUGAUCUGGAACUAUGCCUAGCCCAUUGAAUGCACAUGAUAUGUUUGUGAAUAAUUUCUAUUGUUAUUGCUGUUUUCAGGAGGCACAAUUAAGUUUGAGGAUUUGAACAUUAACAAUAUUUCCUGAGCUUCAGAUUUUUGUUCAUCUCCUCCAUCUCAAAGAAAAAUGUUUUGUUGAAUUUAGUGUUAAUUUCUUCCAUUCAUUUAUUUUGUUUUUAAUUUAAGAUGUGAAUGCUGCUAUUUUCCUCCUUGCUAUUUGAAUCAUGCAGAGCUUGGGAGAAAGGGCAGUCAAAUUUGUAAUACUCUCACUUUUAUAUUGUAAGGAUUGACUUUUUCAAGGGAUGUCUACAGAGAUCUUCAUUCACACCUUCGACUUUUCAAGGGUGUUGCAGGUCUUUGUAGAAUCAGUGUUUUACUCGGUAACUAAAGCUCUAAUGAAGUUUCGCUAUAGUGAGCAGCUCUUAGCUGUUUUUUCAGAUGUAAAAUACUAGGGUACUGUUACCUUCCAGGUGUCCCUUUAUAAUUUGUUGGAAUUUUUGGUUGAAGAAUGGACGUUAUUUGCAUGUAGACAGUAAACUACCUGUCUGCUAGAUAGAACUAGCUGUUAAUUUUAGAACUGUUUAACUUUUAGUUGGCCAACACUGUGUUAUAGAGGAGCAUUCCCAUUCUGUUUAGUUUAAAUAGGAGUCAGCCUAAAGGAGAAGGAACAAAGCACUAUCAUCCACACAUUACUACUUACUUUGUGGCAGGAUCCAUGUGUUCCACGAUCAUCAGCGUUUUAGAACUAACCUUCAAAAAAAUUCAAAAGUUACAUGGUAUCAUAUGAAUCAGUUUGUAUUGCUCAUAUUAGUUAAGGAUGCAUCGUAAGUGUUGCCUUGACCUUAAAGAAACCUACAUGGCUUACGCUGAUUUAAGAGACUUCCACAAGAGGGUGCACCAGUUCAACAAAAUCCCGUAUAAACCAAAUGAGCAUGUCCGCAUUGUGGGCAUAUUUUUCUAUCAUUUUAUGUAUUAACUCAUGUAUCUAAAUCAACUUCUAAAACUGGAUGGAUGCUUUAAUCAGUUUAAUGUCUCAGAGCGUCUCUCCAGUCUGUAACAGAUGCAUGAAUGGAUACAUGAUGUUUUGCUGGUAAGCAGGUCAGGAAGUUUAAUUUUGAACAAAAGGCACUGUUUCCAGAAGUCCCGUUCACACUGAUGAAAGGCUGUUUUCAGACUCCAGUCACAAAAUGAUAUUUAGAUGUUUGGGGUUUUUUAGUGUACUGAAAUGUGUUACCUGUUCCUAAUUUAUGCCUGAUGCCCUGCAAAUGCUCACUACUUGCAUUUUAAGAAUAAAGUUUGGGGAUUUUUUUUUUUUUUUUUUUUUUUUUUUUUAGUUUUGAAGCAUCAUUAAUUUUCCCCUCAGACUGGUACAACACUGGACAGUACAGCUGCAGAAGAGAACUCCACCUAGAAAGAUGACUUCUUGAGAGGCUGCUGAGUUGAGUAUGACUGAUACAAUUUUUUUCUGUUUCUAGUUUGUGAUAAAAUUAUUUCAUGUUUCAUAAGAUAGAUGGGAAUUCUUAGUAAUGCUUCACCUUAAGUUGUAUAAUGUUACUGUACUGAUACGCUAAAAGCAUUAAAGUGUUCUGCUGCAUGUGUAGGCCAAAGUUCUAGGUCCAUUCCUCUAAGACUGCAGUCCUAGGAUAGUAAGAUAUCUCUGCAGAAAUGAUUAACAGAUUUUCCAGAAAAAGGGCCUCACUUUUGAAUCAUGCAUUCCCUGACCAAAUACAUGAAUCAUAAAUCACUUACAGAGAUAAGAGUAUCUGACACUCAGCAAAAUAACUAGAAGUGUGGUGAUAUUCAUAUGUGUAAUACAUGAUUAUUUUUUUUUUUAUCUGUGAAAUGCUCUUUUCAGUAAACUUUUGGCUUUUAUUAAAUAAGAGAAAUGGAAUGGUGUGCUUUUAAAACUUUUAAUUACUAGUACAAGAUAUUAAAAGAAGGUGAAUUUGAGACCAAGGAAAUUACUAUUUUUUGUUACUGCUAGCUGCAAAUGUAGAAGUUGGGUCUGGAUUCAAAAGGUUUCAUUUACUAACACUGAUGAAUUGGAACUACUCUAGUUUUGAUACUUUUCUUGUGAGCAGUGUAAAAGAAAAGAAUAUGAGGUUCUACUAAAAGAUCACCACCACACAGUGAAUAUGUCAUUUAACUAGCAAGAAGAUUUUUAUUUUAAAGACUAUGAGCUAGCCACCUUUUUCCAUUUACACCAGUUCUAGAUUAUCAUGUGUAAGCAGAUGAGGGUUUGUUUUUUUACUUGCUUGUGGAUAGUACCAGACAAAUAAUCUGUGUUUAUAUUUUUCUUAAAAACACUGUGGUUUUAGGUCAUUGCUGUCCUCCAGAGAGCCAAAUACAUCUACCAGUCAGAUAUGCGAUACUGCUUAGUUAUCUAAGAUUCCUGGCUAAAUCUGAUAGCAAUAGGGCACAAGGAGGAAUAGUAAUUACUGUAGUUAUUUACUUACUGAUCAUCUUGCUCUGAAUAUAGUGGCAUUUUCAGAAGCAAUUCUUCAUUCUGACAGUGUGUGGAAGUUAGCCAUUUUUAAAAACAUAGAUACACAACACAGAUGCCCCCCAGCAAAGUAGGGUCCCAGCUUUUCUAAAAGGCCGUGGCAUGAAGCAUUUACCACUCCCCAGAGGUCCUCCUUCUGACCUGAAGUUAUAUGUACCAGCCUGGCCAAAGUUCGGUCAAUGUUGAGUGUUUCCAGUGGAGGGAGACUUUAAUUAAUAGAAAAUUUAAUCUCAGCAUGUUUGGACCUUGACAUUUCUGCCCUCCUAAUCUUCAGGAUGGACCAAAGUGAGAUGUAGCCCACUAGGUGUCACUCCAGCAAAGGCUACCCGAAUACAGGUGUCGAGUAAACCUUUGCGGCCCUCCUCUCUUCCUUAGUGAAAACCGGCUUGCAUUAUUUCACCUUCAUAUAAACACAGCAAGCACUUUUUUAACUUCUAAAAAAACCCGAUUGAAAUUACGAGUCUUAGUAUAAAGAGGAAGAAUAAAAGUAUGCACAGAAAAUAAAAAUUAUAAAUAUUUUAUGUAUGCAACUUGUAAGGGAGAAAAACCGAAACCUAUACAUAAUAGGUUGAGUCUGUUGACAUAUGAUGAAAAAUGGACUAUUGCAAAAGUCUAAUAGGUAUGGAAGUGUUAGCACAUCUUGAUAACAGGGUGAACUGAUCAGAGAUUGUCUUUUCCCAUCUGUUUAACUUUUGAAAAAUGUCUGCAUCAUUGACAUUUCUUUUCCCUUGGUACUUACCUAACCUGACUUGCUGGCACAUGUCCAUGUCAGAACAAGGGUAGAGCUUGAAACGUUAUUUGAAGGUGAUUAGCACUUUUCAUCAAGGAUUGGUAUGGAAAAGAACCAUCUACUUGGUUAAUUUUAAAGCAUUACAGUAAAAAUUAGCUACAUAGAUGAAUUCCUGAGUUUCAUAUUGAUUUCUGUAAUAAAUGUACAUCUUUUAUUCAGUACUGUAAAAUGUUAAUAGAUUGAUUGUUUUUCCACUGCUAAAUUAAAGUCAGAAGUUUAGUAUUUUUACUAAAAUAAAGGUGGUAUGACUUUGUAGUCUGUUUCCUACUGCGAAUAAUGAUAAUGAUUCAGUAGCUUAACAACUUUCAUUCCUUUUUCUUAUUUUCAGCAUUCAUAUCUGCUGCUACAUAGUAAAGAAAGAGGCAUGUACAUUUGUAUGUGUUCUUUUUGAUUUUGAAGUGCUAAAUGUUUGAUCCAAUGUGUCCAGUGCUGUUGUGUGAGUCAAGGGACCUGUGUCCUCUUCCAGUUGCUACCGAAUUAUUGCUUAACCUUGGAUAUGUCUCAUCCUGUAUUUUUGCUUAACUGUUAUAGCAGACAAUUAAGAUUAAGAAAAUAUCAAUAUAAUUACAUUACAUAAUAAUGAUAGUAAUGAUAGUAUUAAGAAAAAAAAAAAAGCCUGGAACUGUAGAUUUAAGUAUUCUAUGUACUAAUAAUAUGUACUGAUUGUUUUACUUGUAUGUAGUGGAAAAUCCAGUGCUAAGAAGCAAUUUAAAAAAAAAAAUGUAAAAUGUUACGUAGUAACUGAUUAAAUGGGAGAAAUGAUAAAGAAGUUCUUGGAGGAAACUCUCGUACUGCUGAAGUCAACUUCAUUCUUUUCUCGAUUUGCUGUGUAAAGUGAGGUAGGUUAUUUUAGACAUACAGAGUAUAAGCACAUUGGGAACAGUAGCACUGAGAUUCCUCACGAGGAAUUUUUUUGAUGCCUUGAAAUCAUUGAAGACCACCUAAGAACAGUGUUACGUGUAGUCUUAAAACAAGUUACCUUCCAACCAAUAUAACUUCCUGUAAGCAUGAGUUUGUCACACAGCUUCUGUGUUGAGUAGCAAGAUCUUGGGUUGAUAGCAGUGGUUUUGUGAUUAUCGUAUUAUCAAUUAAAUGAAUAACCGUACUAUCAAUGAAAAGUAGUCUUGCAGUACUGAUGGCUUUGCAUGAUGACCUUGAAGCACUUUUUCUGGAAAAGCUGCUGUAUUUUCUGGAAAGGCCACCUUAGAUACUACAGAAAGGGGUGUGCCAUAUAACGCCACGUAACAUCCUGCCUUUUCUUUUCAGUAGUUUCAAUGUUCACCUGCUCCAUAAUUGAGAAGAGGAAAAUGUAAACAUGUUAAACGUUUUGGACAGUUGACUAAACUAGAUUGUGCAGUUCAGAAAGAUAUCCUGAAGGCAGGGAAGUAUUUUUAGCUUCAUUAACUUCUUUUCCUGCUUACAAAGAAUCAGGAGAAAAAGGUUUUAAAACCUGUUUGUCUAUGUACUGCGUUGGUUUUGCUCCCCAAAAUGUCAACCCACAAUAUCCCCAAAACUGCAUCUGCAGGGAUUCUUAAUCUUUAGUGAGAGGGCUUCCCCACAUCCCUUGCUAGCCACCCACCGCCAACGGUUUUUCCCUCUGAUUAGAUGGCAGAAGAUCUUUUAACAUAGCUCAGUUUUACCUUUACGUGACGAAAACCAUAGCUUUUUCCCCAUGCGUUACUGCAAGUGGGCACAUCUAGCAUUACCAUGGCCCUCUUUUUUAGCUUUCCUUCAGGAACCUUUACUUUCCCUUGACAAGUAAGUUGACAGUAGUUUCUCAUUGUUUCUUCCACAAUGUGUACCUUAAAGGGAGCGCUCCAUUACACAGCAGCCUAACAAAGGUCGUGAAGAAGCAGUUUGCAAGGUAAAUGCAUCCGAAGAACAUGUGAAAUACAGCUGUGGAAAAGGUUAGACUUUGAUUUCUGGGUCUCUCUGUUAAUUGGGUUAUAUUGGAACCUUCUUACCGUUGCCUGAUUUUAGAAUGGUGGUAUAUACCACUCUUAAACUUGUUGGGAGGGGAGAAGUUGUAGAGGACAGAGAACGUGGAGUCUAACAGCUUGCUUUUCUGCUGGCAGAAAUACAUUGAGCCAAAAUAAGAGCUUGUGGCAGCAACUGCUCCUCUCCCUUUUCCUUCUGGCUGAAAAUGCAGAGAGCAAGAGUCUGUGCAAGAUAGACUUGGGAUGUAAUGGCUUCAGAGGAACUGAGAAGAUGCAGCACACCUUCUGUGUGCUGCCUUGUUCCCCACCAUCCUUCCAGUUCCCACCAACAUUUGUUGACUUCACUUCAUAUAAAACAUCAGAAAAGGACAGUUAACCUUCCUGUAAUGGGCCGUGUUUUAAGAAGUUAAGAAUAUUCAUUGUGCAAGUACUGAGGUAGAAAAGGAGGUCUUGUUUCUGUGACUAGAAAAAAAACAUGUUGCAGCCUGAGAACUUUUUUUUUUAGCGUGAACAUUUAAGUCAAAGACAUUUCCCUUCUUUCAUCAGCAAAGAAGUGUGCAUACUGAUUAUUCCAUUAUUUGCAAGUCAGAAUUGUAAAUUGCUGCAUUUGCUCUGAUGCAGUUUACCAUCUGAAAGAAAUAAUUAAAGCUUGCUUUCUCUUGCUUAAGAUUUAAACGUGUAUUUAAAAAUGAGAUCAUACUUUCAUGGUGGUCAUAGUUUCUUUAUGUAUUUGUGUGGGGUAGCCUCAGAAAUGGGUGUAUGAUCUGCUGGUGUGCUGUGAUGUAUUUCCUUUAAUUAUACAUUUGUUUUGAGAAAGAUGGUUAUUCCAGGCCUCUGUCUUUCCUCAGUGACAUCCUUACAAGCCCACUGCAGUGGGAGUUGUGCGUACCUUGGUGUGUAGUUCAGCCAUAUGUGCUACUUAUUUAUAUCUCGUGCAUGACAUAAGCUAUUCCAAACAGAUAAUUUCUGAUCUGGUAAUAGAAGAUGAAUGCAAGUGUCUAUACAGUUCUUUCUCACUAAAUGAGGAUAUGACACAUUGCUAGUCACCGUGCUUGGUACAGCUCUUGUGCCGAGUCCAGACGGAGUGUAAGGCUGUGCCUGUCUGAUGUUUCAGACACUCAAGAGUUCAAUUAAUUUACAAAUGAUAAUUUGUUUUCAGCUCCUGUAGAUAUGGAUGCCUUCUUUACUCAGCCUCUAUUGUGUCGUUCUAUAAGAAGUCAGCUCCAACUGCAUGAAGCGCAAUUUUUGUAAUUUGUUUGUAGAAAUGCCAUAUUCUCUCUGCAUUAUAAACACAGCUGUGCAGCAUUUUUCAAAAUGCACUGUAAAGCUUGUGCCAUCUUAGAAUGACAGUUUCUUUCCAGAUGCCUGUAUUUUCUGUAUAGGUAAUUUCAUCAAAUCACUGAGCACAAGGAAUGAAAGGCUGGCUUUAUUUAAAAAGAAAACCAUAACACAAAUAAUAGGUGUUCCAUCAACAUAGAUUUUGCCUUCUGAAGUUAUUUACCUCUUUGUAAGUUAUUUUAUCUGGCCAUGUUAGUGAUGCAGAUGCACUUAGUUCUGGUGGUGUCACGUCCGUGCAAGCUGAUGGGCAUGUCCUGCUGAAAUUCACUACAGCAAAACAAGCUUGUGAUUCACCGGGGAAGCGUCCCAGGCCCUCACACCAGCGGCCGAACUAACCCACCGUGCUCUCUCACACGCACAGCUUGCAGCCAAAAGAUGACAGCACGCUAAUGGCUUUUGGUCAAAAGAAAGUUAACUAUGCUCUUAACGAGUUCCACCUAUAAAAUACGCCACAUUGAUUCUUGUGAGGCUCUGGGACAUUCGAAAGUGAUUUGGAGAGAGCAAAAUCUGUGUCUGAUGGACACCGAACCAAAGCCAGCGUGUGUUGUGCAGCAGGCUCACUGCCCAGGAAUGAAGUGCCCUCCUUCAGAGGACUUUCCUCCUCAGAUAAGACUGUCCGAAAAGAUACCACCAGUGAAGCCUUGCUUCAAGAAGAAGCAGCAAGUGCAGAAGAGGCUGGACACAGAAACUCUCCGGGCUUUGCGGCCAAUCUUCACCAGUUUGCUGGGAGCUGGGAGCUUGGACAGGGUCUUUGUGCCCCGAGGCCAAAGUGGCGGUCAUAGUGAUUUAUGUGAACCUGCUGUGAAAAAGCCUCUGGACCUCGGUACUUCUUGCCCCCAACCAGAAAACGAUGUGACUGUGCUGGUGCCAACAGCUCCAGAUGUGCAGAGUCAAUUGCCAGUAGCUCGUCCUUCUUCUGGGCAUCCCGAGCAGGAUGUCCAGUCAGGAGAGCAGGGCUUCUCACCAGAAACUACUCCUGGAACUGCUGCUGAUAACAGUAAUGAAUCAUUCCAGGAUCAUCAUCCUUUGCACCCAGCUGCUAGUGACGGUGCAGCUUGUCCUUUGUUCCCAGACAAGAUUCUGGAAAGCUACACAUCUGGCUUAUUCCAAGAGAAUAGCUGUCCGAUGCAAUACAAUUUGAACCCAAGCAAUAAAUUCAGUGCUGGGAUAUUCCAGGAUAAAAGUGAAGAAGCUUCUCUUGAUCUGGUGUUUGAGCUCUUGAACCAGCUGCAAUAUCACACCCAUCAGGAAGAUGGAGUAGAAAUCUGUGUGGAUUUUCUCCAGGGCACUUGUGUUUAUGGCAGUGAUUGUCCCAAACAUCACACGGUCUUGCCUUACCAUUGGCAAGUGAGAAGGACAGCAACCCAGAGUUGGCAAAGUGUGACCAAUGAUUCCCAGGAGCAUCUGGAAAGACUCUACUGCAACCCUGACAAUGAUAGGAUCAAAGUGAAAUAUCGGGGACAUGAGUUUUGGGUGGAUUUGAAUGUUAUGAAGUUAUACGAAACUGUUGAGUUUGACCAAAUGCGGCGGCUGUCCACACCUUCCUGCCCCAGCUCCAGCUCCAACUACUACACGGUCUGGAAAUACUUCUGCAGGGACCACUUUGGCUGGAGAGAGUACUCUGAGCCUGUUGUAAGAUUGAUAGAAGAAGCCAGCUGCCGGGGUCUGAAAGAGGUUCGGUUUGUUACCUGGCAUAAUCAAUAUAUCCUAAACAUCAAGGAUGGAUUCCAGCAAAAUGCAUGUUUCAGAAGAGAAAUCAAGAGGAGACCCCUUCUUCGCUCAUGCAUUGUGCUGAUGCCAUUUUUACAGACCUUAGGUGGCAACUCUCCAGUGCCCUCUCCGUCAGCUGAACCAGCUUCCUCGCAUGUCUUAUCUCCGACUGCUGUUACCUCUCCGAACUUCUAUCCUGAAACCUGGAUUAGUAUGGAUCCAUCUCAGGACUUCAUCCAAGUGCCUGUUCUGAAGGAAGAUAAAAGCUAUAGAACCAUUUAUAACCUGUUUCACAAGACUGUGCCAGAGACCAAAUACAAAAUUUUGAAAAUUCUGAGAGUGCAGAAUCAGUUUCUUUGGGAGAAAUAUAAAAGGAAAAAGGAAUAUAUGUCAAAAAAAAUGUCUGGGCUCGACAGGAUAAUGAACGAAAGGCAUUUGUUCCACGGCACCUCCCAGGAUGUGGUGGAUGGAAUCUGCAAGCACAACUUCGACCCGCGCGUCUGCGGGAAGCAUGCCACCAUGUUUGGACAGGGCAGUUACUUUGCCAGAAAGGCAAGCUAUUCCCAUAAUUUUUCCAAAAGGUCACCCAAAGGAGUUCAUUACAUGUUCCUGGCGAAAGUACUGACAGGAAGGUAUACGGUGGGUAACCACACCAUGAGGAGACCUCCGCCGGUGAACCCCGGCAGCAUUACCAGCGACCUCUAUGAUUCCUGUGUGGACAAUUACUUUGAGCCUCAGAUUUUUGUCAUUUUUAAUGACGAUCAGAGCUACCCUUAUUUUAUUAUCCAAUACGAAGAAGUUAGCAACACUGUCUCCAUUUGAAAACUUGUGCUGCUAAAUUACUCAUUUUAAUAAACUUUCUUAUCCGGCAUCGGUAGCAGUUUUUGUGGAAAAAAAAAUUUGGACGUUGCAGAACUGAUUAAAUUACUUGCUUGGAAGGAACUAAAUCUCAAAAUAUAGAAAAGAAGAUCUGAAAUGACCAAUUGUGCACUUGCUGUUUGAUUAUGUAUGUGCAAACUGUAAAUAUUUUUUCAUUGUUUAUAGUUGCAAAUCUGUGCCUUUUGUUAUAAAACACUGUUUAUUUAUGUUAGUAAAUAUUCAUGUUUAAAAAUG